AUGGCUUCAGUCAUGGCUUGGGGCGCCGGCGCUGCCGUUGCUGCCUUCCUGGGACGCGCUGGUCUUGUCGCCUGGCGACGCUCGCGCGGAGGUGUCGGCGCAAUGGGGAAGGCCUUUUACAAGGGCGGAUUCGAACCCAAGAUGACCAAGAAGGAGGCGUCAUUGAUCCUGUCUCUCAACGAGCGCAGCAUCACAAAGGACAAGGUCCGCAAGGCCCACCGAACAAUCAUGCUUCUGAAUCACCCCGAUCGAGGCGGCAGCCCCUACCUGGCCACCAAGGUCAACGAAGCAAAAGAACUGUUGGACAAACAGCACUGA